AUGGACUCAGUUCUGCGCCAAUCCAAGGCCAUGUGCCCUUUCAUGAAGAAGGCCACGGCCGCGGGGCUCCGCGCCAUGUCAACCGCCGUGGCCCCCGCCGCGCAGGCCGGCGCUCUCUCGCCAUGUGGCGGUACCAUGUCAAAGCUGCAGGUACUUGCCCGCCGCUGCCCCGUCAUGGGCAAGGCCAUGGCCAUCCAGUCGGCCCGUAUCUACGGCUCCGUUGCUGCUAAGGCCGGCAUGGCGACUCUUUCGCCCUCUCACUCGACCUCCGGCGCCCGCCAUGCCAACCACAGCGGCAAGUCCGGCAAGGCGAAGCUGCAUACAAGCCGCUCGCAGGAUGCGCAGGCUGUUGAGGGCACGCUAUUCCGAGAGCAGGUUCCUAUCCCUCCCCGGUCUCCGACGAAGCAGCAGCCUGCUACCGCCUCUACGAACACGGCCACUGCCACACGCGUGAACCCUCCCGUGACCCAUCCGACCACCAAGUUCGACUAUGAGGCCUUCUAUACUGCUGAGCUGGACAAGAAGCAUAAGGACAAGUCGUACCGCUAUUUCAAUAACAUCAACCGCCUGGCUAAAGAGUUCCCCCGCGCCCACAUGGCCACCAAGGACCAAAAGGUGACAGUUUGGUGUGCCAAUGACUACCUGGGCAUGGGUCGCAACCCGGAGGUUCUCAAGGCCAUGCAUGAGACACUGGACGAGUACGGCGCCGGCGCAGGCGGUACCCGCAACAUUUCGGGCCACAAUAAGCACGCUGUUGAGCUGGAGGCGACCAUCGCCCGUCUUCACCACAAGGAGGCUGCUCUGGUCUUCAGCUCUUGUUAUGUGGCCAACGACGCUACCCUCGCGACUCUCGGCAGCAAACUGCCCGACUGCGUGAUUCUCUCAGACGCGCUGAACCAUGCGUCCAUGAUCCAGGGCAUCCGUCACUCGGGCGCUCGUAAGAUUAUCUUCAAGCACAACGAUGUUGAGGAUCUGGAGCAGAAGCUGGCCUCGCUGCCCCUGCACAUUCCCAAGAUCAUUGCCUUCGAGUCCGUCUACAGCAUGUGCGGCUCGAUUGGCCCGAUCGAGAAGAUCUGCGACCUGGCUGAGAAGUACGGCGCCAUCACUUUCCUCGAUGAGGUGCACGCUGUCGGCAUGUACGGCCCUCACGGCGCUGGUGUGGCCGAACACCUCGAUUUUGAGGCCCACUUACAGGGCCGUCAUAGCGGUACCAUCAUGGACCGCGUUGACAUCAUCACCGCUACCCUCGGCAAGGCCUAUGGCUGCGUCGGUGGCUACAUUGCCGGCAGCGCCAAGCUGGUCGACACGAUCCGCUCGCUGGCCCCUGGAUUCAUCUUCACCACCUCCCUGCCGCCUGCCGUCAUGGCCGGUGCCCGCACCGCUAUCGAGUACCAGAUGCGUUCUCCUACUGAGCGCCGCCUGCAGCAGCUGCACACCCGCGCCGUCAAGGAAGCCCUCACCCAGCGCGACAUCCCCGUCAUCCCGAAUCCCUCGCACAUUGUGCCCAUCCUGGUCGGCAACGCCGAGCUGGCGAAGCUCGCCUCUGACAAGCUACUGCAUGAGUACGGCAUCUAUGUCCAGAGCAUCAACUACCCGACCGUUCCCGUCGGCCAGGAGCGUCUGCGCGUUACCCCGACCCCCGGUCACACCAAGGAGUUCCGUGACGAGCUCGUCCGCGCGAUUGAUAACAUCUGGACCGAGCUGGGCAUCAAGCGCACUUCCGACUGGGCUGCUGAGGGCGGUUUCAUUGGCGUUGGUGAGCCUGGCGUUGUUGAGCCUCAGCCUCUGUGGACGGAUGAGCAGCUCGGCAUUGCGGACGCUACCCGCGAUAUCCUGCGCGAGAUCAUGGCUGAGUCGGCUGCUGCCCCAGUUGCUGAACCCACCAACGGGCUGGCUGUCCCUGGCGUGACAGAGCGCCUUCUUGAGCGUGAGGCUAGGGGUCUGAUGGCUGCUAGUGUUUCGGCUUAA